AUGGCGGACAGCGAGUUCGCGCCCAAGUUCUCUCCCUUCUUCUCGUUUGCGGGUAUCGCAGCUGCAUCUUUGAUUCCUGUGAUUAUGUCCGGUAUCAUUGCGGUGUACGGUCUUGUUGUCGCCGUCGUUAUUCACGGUGAUCUGGAUCGGGACCAUAGUCAGGCUCUGUAUACUGGAUUCAUGCACCUUGGAGCAGGGUUGUCGGUUGGAUUUACCGGUCUAGCUGCUGGAUACGCCAUUGGAAUUAUUGGAGAUGCGGGUGUGCGCGCAUAUAUGCAGCAAUCUCGCGUCUACGUGGGAAUGAUUCUCAUUCUUAUUUUCGCUGAAGUUCUUGGACUUUACGGGUAUGGUUUCCCUCUCUGUGACAGUUCAUCGGACAAGGAAUUGCUGACGCUAGCUAGCCUCAUUGUUGGUCUGAUUCUCAACUCGAAGUCCAGGGCUUAA